UUACGUUUAAAUUGAUGGAAAGGCGUCGCAGUUACUAUUGGUAAGACACCCAAUAGUAGAUUCAACUUCAUGAUUUACUGCCAAGUCGUUCCUUAGGAGGUCAGCUUUGCAACUUGAGUGAUGGAGUUUUUCAGAGAAAUUUAAAUUAAAGAUUAUUUCGCACAUUGUCAAACAUCCCACAUGGAUCACCAAGAUAUCGUUCAAUAACGCCGAUAUUCUAUUAACUGUGUGAUAUUAGGAUUUGUUGUGGAUAGACAUCAUAAGUGAUUUACAAGGUAGUAUAUUUCCUCUAAGACUUCGCAUACCUUUUCCAGAUUAGGAAGUUGACCUCUGAGAACUAACAGAUGAGAGGAAAUACUCAGUAGAGGAAUAUAAGAGUUUAAACCUUUUAAUUAUCAAUAUACACAGUUCCAAGAGUCAUCUCCGCUAUUUUCGAAGGUUUUAUCCUAAAUCCGAUUAAAGCAGAAGACUCUCACUGAAUUCAUUUUGAUAUCCGCUAGAUGUAGGAUAUUAGGUGUAUAGCCACCCUACUAUAGACUAUUUAUCCAUGUUUAAAAUUCUUCGUUAUAUACGUUCCAGCUAUAAUCUUAUCUUUGACUUAUACUACCAUCAUUAUGUUCAGAAACUACCUUUCAAAGAACAUCCAACGUCCUGUCUCAUUCGCUAGAACUUACGCUUCUGCACCAACCAGUGUCUACCAAGGCAAGAAGGACGCUAGCGGAAACUACACAGUCACUUUGAUUCCAGGUGAUGGUAUCGGUAACGAAAUUUCUGACGCUGUCAAGAAGAUCUAUGAAGCAGCAAAGGUACCAAUCAAGUGGGAAGAGGUUGAUGUUACUCCUUCCCUCGUUAAUGGCAAAUCAACUAUCCCACAAUACUCAAUCGACUCCAUUAAAGCCAACACUAUCGCAUUAAAAGGUCCAUUAGCCACUCCAAUUGGUAAAGGUCACGUCAGUUUGAACUUGACAUUGAGAAGAACUUUCAACCUCUUCGCCAACGUCCGUCCAUGUUUGUCCAUCCCUGGAUACAAGACACCAUACGACGAUGUUGACACCGUUCUCAUCCGUGAAAACACUGAAGGUGAAUACUCAGGUAUUGAACACGAAGUUGUCGAUGGUGUCGUACAAUCAAUCAAAUUGAUCACUUUCGAGGCUUCUGAGCGUGUCGCUAGAUACGCUUUCCACCACGCUUCUACUCAAGGUCGUAAGCGUGUCACCGCAGUUCACAAGGCCAACAUCAUGAAGAUGUCAGAUGGUAUGUUCCUUACUGCUUGUCGUCAAGUCGCAAAGGAAUACCCAGAUGUCAAGUACGAUGAAGAACUCUUAGACCGCGCUUGUUUGGCUAUCACUACUGACCCAUCACCAUUUUCAGACAGAGUUAUGGUUAUGCCAAACCUUUACGGUGACAUUCUUUCUGAUAUGUGUGCUGGUUUGAUCGGUGGUCUUGGUCUUACUCCAUCAGGUAACAUUGGUAAAGAUGCAUCCAUCUUCGAAGCUGUCCACGGUUCAGCUCCUGAUAUCGCAGGUAAAGGUCUCGCCAACCCAACUGCUCUUCUCCUUUCUUCCAUAAUGAUGCUUCGUCACAUGAACCUCUUUGAACACGCCGACAAGAUUGAACGCGCAGCUUUGACAACUAUUGCUGAAGGAAAAUCUAUCACACGUGAUCUCGGUGGUAGCUCAAGCACAAACGAAUACACUGAUGCCAUUAUCAAGAAACUCUAGAUGCCAUAAUUAAACAAAGUCUCCAAUUUGGAUAAAUCGUUAGACAUUCAACCUAAUUCAUACAUAAACAUUUCAUUGCUUAAAAUCGUAUGUAUUAAAUAUAUACUAAAAUCAUUGCAAUCUUGCG